AUGCAAAUAAGGCUACUAACUUCUGGCUUGCUUUCUUUCCAUUUGGUACUCUUCUUUUGAACUUAUGACAACUACAUAAAUUCAGUUAAAAAUUUAUUCAUUGAUUCCUUGAAUCUUGUUUAUUGUCGUCACAAUAUUAAAUUUUCUUUGUUAUGCACACCUCAAGAUCUCUCUAGCAUAAACUUUCCUUUUUAAUUUUUAGAGUCUCUUUCUUAUUUAGAUUUUCUAUUCAUUUUUCUGCUUGUCAGCUGAGCUAAAGAAACCUCAUUAAAUGCUUUGACUAGCAAACAAUCAAAGCCUACAAAGUAACGCGCACUUCUAGAAAUCACAAAACAUGAAGUCAGAAAACUAUGCCAAAAGCGCUGUCGUGAAAGGAGAAAGCAGCAUCAUGACGAACAAUAAUUCUUCAUAAAUUUAUCAUUGUCAAAAUGAGUCGGGAUUAUAAAUACAUCGUUUUGUACUCGCACUCUUAAACAGCUUCUAAGCAGCUCUCAAAUUGCCUCAAGAAAGAUCUUUUGUGUUGUAAACCACUAAUUUCUCUUGAUACUUCUCAAGCAGAGACGACAGUAGAUUUUUCUGUAAGUAUACAUUGAGUCAUGAAUCGACCUUCAACUGUUAUGCAACAUUUCUAAUCUUUUAAGGCUUUUGUUACUGUUCGGAGUGUUUUCCAUUUGAAAGCUGCGAAUGUAGCGAAAGUGCGAUCAAGACAUAGCUACGAGAAUGCGCCAUUUGUAACUGAAAAGUUCAAAGGAAAGCGAGCUGCUUGCCAAGGUUGACUAGAGCAUUUGGCAUAUUGCUAUCAGAUAAAUGAUGCUUUUGAUAGCAAAAUAGUCUAGUGUCAGUGUGGGAAAAAUAUAAGGAUAAUAUGUUGGAAGGGUUUUGCUACUGGACGUAGUGUUGGAUGUCUCCCAACUUGAGGAAUGCGUAAAUACAACCGUACUUAAAGAAAAUGCUAUUGAAGUAAGGAAGAUUCUAAUCGCAAUGGAAAACACAACGUUGUCUCCUACGUCACAAGCAAACAAUGUAUCAAACAGCAGCCAUAACUUUGCAGUUGAGGGGAAAUCGAAAAACCUUAUCAUUGCAGAAAUAACAGUCUACUGCAUCGUAUUCUUUCUCAGCUCCAUUGGCAAUAUCGUUGUUAUACUUGUUGUUUCCCGGAAAAGACGCAUGCAGACAGUAACUAACUGGCUUAUUGUAAACCUUGCAAUUGCUGAUCUAGCAGUGACUCUCAUCUGUAUACCUGUUGAGAUUCCUCUGAUUUUAAAAGGUGUUUGGCUGUAUGGGAGGGUAUUUUGUCAUAUGUUGUACCCUUUGCAAACAAUGACGAUCUAUGCCUCAGUUUAUACACUCGUCGCAAUGAGCCUCACAAGGUACUGGGCUAUACGUCAUCCUUUCCGCCGCCAAAUGUCAACUAAACAAGCAAAGAUCCUCAUAUGUUUCUUAUGGCUGAUUAGCUUCAGUUUUGUAGUCCCCUAUAUCAUACGCCUGAACUAUGACCCUAGCCAACAAGCUUGCAUCGAAGUUAGCACGCCUCAAGGCAAACGGAACUACACUAUUGCUAUCUUCGUCAGCCAGUACAUAUUUCCGUUAAUGCUUAUUCUGUUUGCUUACAUCCUGAUUGCCGUUGAGCUGAGCGGCAACCCCAAAGGUGAUGCAACGCUAACGCAGAAACAGAAACAGAAGGAGAACACAAAAGUAUUGACAAUGGUCGUUGUAGUAACGGUAACGUUUGCGUGCUGUGUCUUGCCUUAUCAUGUUGUUGGUUUAUAUCUAGAGUUUUCCAAAAGUAAAGCAUUUCCCCACCAAGCUGAAGUCUCUACACUGUCUUACUUGCUCUUAUUUGCCAACUCAUGCAUGAAUCCAAUAAUCUAUAACGCCUUCAAUUCUAAAUUUCGUGAAUCGUUCAAAGAUCUCUGGAAUGAGCUCCUGAAUUGUGGCAAGACUCGUGACUAUAUGCAAAGAAGACGCUAUGCAACGAUGUAUCAGAGAGAGAAAAGCGUGCAAAAUGGUAGAGAUUCGAAUGCUAACCAUGGAGGCCAAGACGUAGAGCUAUGCACGCUCGUCACUUGAGCCGUAUGAGCAGUUUGGAAGACGCUGAUUCGAUGUCGAUGAGUUCAAGGCAUCAUAGACAAGCCCUUUCUAAAGUGAUGUGUUGUAGCAUUAGAGACAUACUUUUGCAACGCACGUCAGCUUUGCAUUCACGCCAGAACGAUGGAAAAGGGAACAAUUUGAAAACAAAAAGAUUUGAAAAAAUGGGACGGUUCGAAGUUGUUUGCAAAUUUGAUGCAGCUUAAAUGCCGUAAGCGUUAAUAUUUAAUGCGUACUAUUUUCUGGCAGUUGGGCAUGAGAGAGAGUUCCCAAACGAUAGAUAACGUUGGUCGGUGUUCCUGAAGGAAAUCAGCUUGCAUAUCUAACUUGAAUGCUGGCAGGUUUUUAAACCAACGAAACCGAAAACUUCAAAUGCCUUGUUUGCCUAAAUUGAAGCCAUCCAGUAUGACUGCAGAAUAAUCAUAUCUUGAAUAGUAUAAUGAACACAAGAUCGCAUUUUCAUAAUUUGCUGUUUCCAAACUGCAAGUUAGAGGCUUUGUCUGUAUUUAUCAAAUGUUGUUAUUCAAAAGUUAGCAACGGUGCUAAGGAAAAUUUUCAGAAUAUAAGGCAAGCUAGUAGCUCAAAUGCGUUUGUUAACAAUCCAUGAGAAUCCAUGUGAUCCUUUGAAACGGUGUUAUAGGACUUAAGCAAAGUUUAAGAAUAACUAAUUUUCCAUGAAUUGAGGUAUUGUUUUAAUGACAAGAUAAGUAUUUCGGUUUCAUUCGUCCAUAGAAUAAUCUCUGCUCGCAAAAUAUUGAUUUAUUUUUAAAGAAUCUAAUUAAUUCAACAUAACUCAUUAAAACGAUCAAACGUUUUCUUUUGAUGUGGUAGUUUUCAGCAUUGUUUUGUUACAAUAUUAAUAGCCUGGUUUACGUGAAGAUUAAUUCCACAUCAAAAUUUUAAAGCGCAAUUAGCCAUUCACAAACGUAUAGGAAAAUCGUAGCCACAUGAUACUGCCAUAUUCUAAAGCUCUUAAUAAUGCAUGGAUAUAAAGAUGCCUCUUAUCCAGUCUCUAAUUUCAUAACAAGGAUUAUCUACGGCUCAAAAUCUUUCACUAAAGAUAUUUAAACAUAAUCCCGGCGCAGUUUCAGAAUUUCCUAUGGCCUAAGUCUAUAUAUGGUGCGAUGCUGAUAGAUUGCUGUAAUGUUAGUAGCUAGAAGUACGUAGACCAGAGCCUCUUUUAAAUCUAAUUUAAGACUUAGCAGUAGACAUUUACAAUAGUUCGUGUAUAAAUAUUGUGUAUAUACGUCUCUAAGGAUAUCUUUACCUUGUUCAAGUAAUCUAACAAGCUUUUCGUAAAGAUAAAUAUCGGAUUCACAUAAAAUAAAACCUUUGAGAUCAUUUUUGCUCUUUUGAUUAACAAUACAGCACACAUAUGAAAUAUUAUUUUCUCAACCCCAUGAAAGGGCAUUCCCAGUGAAAAGGGAAUUCAAUAUCAAUUGUUUUGGUUAGGGGAAUCUUUAAACCUUUUACAGCAGAUACAUCACGUGUACAUGACGUUCGCGUGUACAAGAGGUUCACGUGUAUGUGACUUGAAAAUUCGAUCUUAUUAAUCAUUCUGACAAAAGACUAGGAAUAAAGUUUCGAAAACCCAAUGGAUCAGAUGUAGUUUAACUGUUAUUGAUUUUACUUGAUUUGCACGUUUCUUGAAACUCAAAAGAUUGCUUUACUUUGCUGUUUGCUUUACAAGAUUGCUUUACAAGACUGUUGACAAGAUUAAGUGGUCGCAUUUCUCAAAAUCAAUUAUGAUACAAUCCGCUGUUGCUUUGGAGGAAGCUCCCUCUCUUUGUCAACUAGAGCUAGCUUCUGAAUUCAGAAGAAAUCUGGUCAUGCUUCUGAACUUUUAAUCUGUUAGCAGCUUUUGUUAAUAGUAUGCAGUGAUGCAAUAUGUAAAUAUUCCUGUUAAUAACUCUGUAUUUAGAUAAAUAACGGUGAAUACAGAAUCUAGUGCA